AUGCAUAGAUUAUAUGGCAUUUCUAUGGUUUUGAGGAAAACUAAGAGGAGCUUACAUGGUUUACUGCAACUAAGUACCCUAUGCUCUUCAUUCCAGAAUCCUCGUCCAGGCAUCGCUUCGGUGAACUACUCCAAAAUUUUGAGCUAUCACUUUAGGGUAGGCAGGGUUGAAGAUGCAGAGAAGCUGUUUGAAGAAAUUCCUGAGAAGAAUGUUGUUUCGUGGUCGAUUGUGAUUCAUGGGUACGCUAAAAAUGGAUUCCAUAGAGAGUCUCUGGGAUCCUUUUCCCGGAUGCGUGUUUCUGGUGUUGCCCCAAAUUCUUUUACAAUGGUUGGUGUUCUUGUUGCUGUUGUGGGCUUGCGGAAGUUGGGGCUUGGACGGUGUGUUCAUGGAAUGACUGUGAAGAUUGGGCUAGAAUCUGAUUCGAUUGUGGGAACUGCAAUGUUAGAUGCAUAUGCAAGAUGUGGCGAUAUAGUUGAUUGUUGUAAAUUGUUUGAGGGACUUGAGAACCCAGGUUUGGUUUCCUGGAAUGCAGUUCUUGCCGGUUUGGUAGGUAAUGGACUCUUCGAAGAGGGUGUCUUGCUGUUCAACAAGUUUCGGCAGUCUGAUCUGGUUCCAAGCGCAGUUACUGUUUUGACUCUCAUCCAAGGUUGUGUUUCUUUGGAAUCAUGGAAACACUGCGAAUCCAUUCAUGGGUUAAUUGUUAAGUGCAGUCUUGCAUUGGAGAUAUCCAUCAAUAAUUCAGUUCUUUACAUGUAUUCAAGCUUCAUGGAUUUGGAUGCUGCUAUCAAGAUCUUUGACGGGAUGGAAACCAAAGACGUUAUCAGUUGGACAACAUUGAUGGGUUUAUUUGUCCGCCUAGAACAUGCCUUUGAUGCCAUAAAUCUAUUUUGUGAAAUGAGAGAGAAUGGGUUCCGUUUUGACGGAGUAGCCAUCAUGAAUAUCAUAUCAGCUUGUGCAAUGUUAGGUGAUUUGAAGAUAGGGAGGCAAAUCCAUGCUCAAGCAAUCAUUUGUGGAUUCAGAUCAGAGCUCUGUCUUACAAAUUCUUUCAUUGCUAUGUAUUCCAACUGCGGUGACUUUGGCUCUUCAAGAAUUCUAUUUGAUCAAACAACUGAGAAAAGUUUGGUUUCAUGGACAGCAAUGAUUUCAGGGUGCGUGCAGUGUGGAAGGCCAAAAGAAGCACUCAAUCUCCUGAAUAGGGCAAGAGCAGAAGAGAAUUUUUACCUGGAUCCCAUAAUGAUGGUCAUUGCUUUAACUGCUUCAGGCGAACUUGCUACUUUAGAACUCUGCCAGAAACUCCAUUGCUAUGCAUUGAAAGCAGGUUUCCCUCAAUAUAGAUUGGUUCAGAACAGUCUCAUAACAACAUACUCAAGGUGUGGGAAUGCAGAACUUGGCUGCAGAGUUUUCAAGGAAAUGGGUGUUCUUCGGGAUAGAGUCUCAUGGAAUGCAAUUAUAAGUGGUUGUGGGAUCAACGGCCAUGGGGAAACUGCAGUGACUAUCUUCCAUGAGAUGAGGAAGUGUGGGAAAGAUCCUGAUAGCGCAACCUACUCGAGCAUUUUGAGCGCUUGCAGUCAUUCGGCUCUAGUGAAUGAUGGUUUGAUGAUUUUCAGCCAGAUGGUGGAAGAGAACAGAAUUAGGCCAAGCAAAGAGCAUGUUGGGUGUGUUGUUGACCUACUUGCCCGGUCGGGCUGCUUAUUGGAUCCCACGAGCAAGUUCUUGGAGUUACUGGAUCCAAAUGGCUGGAGGGCUUUGCUCAGUGGAUGUCUGCUUUAUGGAAAUGUGGGGUUGGCAGAACUUGCAGCAAGAAGAGUGUUUGAGCUUGAUCUAGAAGAGCCAGGCCAAGUUGCUCUUCUUUCAAAUGUCUAUGCUUCAGUUGGAAGGUUUCUGGAUGCUGAAGUGUUGAGAUCAGGGAUGAAGAAGAAGAGGUUGGUUAAAAAUCCAGGGAUCAGCUUGAUCAAUGGGCUUUCUUAUGAUUUUGGAUGAAGAUGUUUGGAGUAGAGAUCAAGAGAGUCAGCUUGGUCAUGGGGGAUCCUCCUCAUUAGAAUUUAUCUGUCACUUCAUUCAAGGAAUUUGACAAUUCUAGUUGGAUCAUCUUCUACUAGGCCAAGCAUAUUGGGAUGAAACAGUUGGGAAAUGGCAUGAAUGAUACUCUAGAACAUUGACAUUUUUAACGUUUCUAACUAGAAAGUUUCUUGAACAUUCCUAGGUGAUAAGAUACAAAAAUGGAAGGAUAAUAUUGGUGAACAAAGUUUCUUGGACUGUAAGAAUUGUUUAGCUCUGGUAGAUGACUUGCUUUGGAAGGCUCAACCAGAGUUUAUAUGCACCUGAUCAAUCUGGUUCAUUAAAUUUUUGAAAGAUUUUGUAUCUUCAUGUUGAAUCAGAAUGAUGUAGUUGUUGAUGUAAAAAAUUAAACCCUUUUGCCUACAUGUAGACAAUAAUCAGCCAAGGGAAAAAAGAGCUU